UGACGGAGCAGAGGAAGGGCGGGGACCCGGAUGUGUGUGGUGGCGGCGGCCGAAGAGCUACAACGCGGAGCUGAGAGGCCUAUGGAUGAGGAGGACGCGGCGGCCCCGGUUUGUUCUCAUGAACAAGAUGGAUGACCUCAACUUGCACUACCGGUUUCUGAACUGGCGAAGGAGGAUUCGGGAGAUCCGAGAGGUCCGGGCCUUCCGAUAUCAGGAGAGGUUCAAGAAUAUCCUUGUAGAUGGUGACACUUUGAGUUACCAUGGAAAUUCUGGUGAAGUUGGCUGCUACGUGGCGUCUCGACCCCUGACCAAGGACAGCAAUUAUUUUGAGGUAUCUAUCGUGGACAGUGGCGUCCGGGGCACCAUUGCUGUGGGGCUGGUCCCUCAGUACUACAGCUUGGAUCACCAGCCUGGCUGGUUGCCUGACUCCGUAGCCUACCAUGCUGAUGAUGGCAAGCUGUACAACGGCCGAGCCAAGGGGCGCCAGUUCGGGUCAAAGUGCAACUCUGGGGACCGGAUCGGCUGUGGCAUUGAGCCUGUGUCCUUUGAUGUGCAGACUGCCCAGAUCUUCUUCACCAAAAAUGGGAAACGGGUGGGCUCCACCAUCAUGCCCAUGUCCCCAGAUGGGCUCUUCCCAGCAGUUGGUAUGCAUUCCCUGGGCGAGGAGGUAAGGCUGCACCUCAAUGCCGAGCUGGGCCGUGAGGAUGACAGCGUCAUGAUGGUGGACAGUUACGAGGAUGAAUGGGGCCGGCUGCAUGACGUCAGAGUCUGUGGGACGCUGCUGGAGUAUUUGGGGAAGGGCAAGAGCAUCGUGGAUGUGGGGCUGGCUCAGGCUCGGCACCCACUGAGCACCCGCAGCCAUUACUUUGAGGUGGAGAUUGUGGAUCCUGGAGAGAAGUGCUAUAUCGCCUUGGGGCUGGCCCGGAAGGAUUAUCCCAAGAACAGACACCCUGGCUGGAGCAGAGGGUCUGUGGCCUACCACGCAGAUGACGGGAAGAUCUUCCAUGGCAGUGGUGUGGGGGACCCCUUUGGGCCACGCUGCUACAAAGGAGACAUUAUGGGCUGUGGAAUCAUGUUCCCCCGGGACUACAUUCUGGACAGCGAGGGGGAUAGUGAUGACAGUUGUGACACAGUGAUCUUGUCCCCGACUGCCCGGGCUGUCCGGAACGUCCGAAAUGUCAUGUACCUGCACCAGGAAGGGGAAGAGGAAGAGGAGGAAGAGGAGGAAGAGGAGGAUGGGGAAGAGAUCGAGCAGGAGCAUGAGGGCAAGAAGGUGGUGGUCUUCUUCACUCGGAAUGGCAAGAUCAUCGGGAAGAAGGAUGCUGUUGUGCCGUCUGGAGGUUUCUUUCCUACCAUUGGCAUGCUCAGUUGUGGGGAGAAAGUGAAAGUAGACCUGCACCCCUUGAGUGGCUAGUGGGGUCACCAGUCCAUCUGCCCUCUCCGUCUGCAUUUUCUCUCACAGCAGGCCCUGGGAGGGCAUCCCCAGUUUCUGUCAGCUCAGGCUGCACCUCUCUGUCUCUGGGCCUGAGAGCAGUGGUGGGCCCAGAGGGCAGUAUUGAUAUGAAUGGGAGGAGCCCCUUGAUCGGGUUAAUCGGUCCUGGAUCUUCUUUCACCUCGCUGGGCGUUGAGCAAACUGGGAGGUAUAAGCCCACCUGCUGACCUGAUUGGUAUGGUGCUCUGCCGAGGGUGAGGGUCGAGUAGAGGCAGUCUGUCCCUGUCUACCACAGCUCCCCGAAUUCUCUUCAUCCCCUCUCCUCAUGUAAGCCAGUUGCUGCUGUCUCCCCCUGGCUGGGCUAGGGGGCCUGUCUUGGCCAUCUCUCCUUUCACUGGCUGCUGUCCUAAAACACAUCUAGGGUCUCCAUUGUUUUCUGAGAGAUGGUCCCACCCUCAACCCACAGCAGAAAGCCUGAACUUGGCUUCCUGCCUGCUCACACGCAACUGUGUGUGUGUGUGAGAGAGAGAGGGGCUGUGUGGUAGCGUGGGACUUCAGCCUUUGCUGCCAUCUCCUUGUCUGCACUCUUCUUCAAAGCACCUCUAGCCCUGGCUCCCCAGGAUGGAGCCAAGGCACCGGGGCAUGUGUUGUAUUGUGGCUGUUUGCCCAGAGCAGCAGCUUGGCCCCUUCUUUCUCUUCACCUACCCACCCCCCACCCUGUGCCCCAGCUUGCUGCUUGUGCCAGUUGACGUUUCUGCUCCAGUGUUUGAUUCUAGUGUCUAUAUAGACCCCCCAACCAGCCCCCCUCUUCCCGUUUCCUGAGCUCCUCCAUCCCAUCAACAGGGAGAGAAGCAGCCGGAGCUCUUGGUCUCAGUUUGCACAGUGGGUAGGGCUGGGGAGGGGGUUUGUUGUCGUGCUGCUGGGGCUCCCCUUGCCCCUCGUUUCGGGCCCUGCACUAUGAUAUAUGAAAUGUAUGUACAGAUCAGAGAUGUUUAUACAGCCAAUAAAGACGGAGUUUCCGUAUUUAUCAGGACA